AUGGCACUCCCCGGUGAUUCCUCCGACACUCUAAUUUCUCCUCCCUCCCCUGUCUAUCACCCCAAACCCAAGGCAACCCUCAUGGAAUCAGACCUGGAACUUUCAACCCUUGAAUCUCCGCCACCACCCCUUAUACCCAAACUCUUCCGCGAGGCAAGCGAUAUCACAUGGCAGGAAACACUCGAGUCAACCAAGGAUCAAGUUCCACUUGUCCGGCGACGUGGCAGGUUCCGACUACUUCACCAGCAGCAGUUCAAGAAUAGUCUGCUUGCGAGCGUGGGCUACCUUGAAUUGGCAAAUGCGGGGGACUUCGCUGCCAAUGUCUGGAACGACAUUCCCGUGCCGACGUUUGCCGCCGUGCUGAUGGGGAUUGGUGGUACACUGGCGCUGUUUAUGGUUCUUGUCGCUAUACAGGACUUCCGAUUGAGUUGGAGAAAUGUAAAGCUUCUACGAGAGGAACGGGUCCAUAUACAGCGGUUACAGCAGUAUCAUUGCAAGAACCCGGAAUUGACUCGGUUGCUCGAUGCGAGGCUGGGUGUUGGAGAGCGUGAGAUCGGAACAGAGGUAGUGGACCGAAUUGUCAUGGAUAUGCUUAUGGGUUUCGCCAACCCUCGUGUUUACGAAGCGAGUAACCUCCUCUCAGGCUGGAUUGGUAAUGCCAUGGCGGCAUUGUUUGGACUUGCCAACGCUAUCUGGUCGUUAUAUCUUAUCCGCCGUUUCAGACAACAUGAUAAAGCAGUCGUUGCCCGUGAACCUAGCGAUGACAUUCGGCGUCGGCUGCGUCUGCGGUUCAGACGCUUCCAGUUGCACUCGAUUGUGAACAGUCUGAAUGGAUUGGUUGCUGGUGCCGCGUCCAUGGUGACUGCAAAGCAUUGGGAAGGAUACGUGGUUCUCAUCCCAUGUAUAAUCUCUUUGAUCAUGUGCAACUAUUUCUGGCGCAAGAAGCUGGGCUAUGACCGGCCGAUUCUGGAUCAUAUCUCUCUCGCCAAGUUGCAAUUGACACCUCUCCUGGAAGACCUAGAAUACGCCAUCGCCAUGCAGCGUGGUCUCGCCGAACCGAAAGAGUCUUUCCCACUGCAAAUCUUCGAUACCGAAUCCCUAGAUUCGAUGCUCCGGUUUAUCGUGCGAAACCGCAUGUUGGAGACAUACGUCGAGUCCCUUGCCCAUGAUAAAAGAGCUCGAUUCCUUCUCUCCGAGAUUCCCAGCACAGGGUCCAUCGAUUCGCCCGACGAGAUCGUCAUCAGUUUUGACGUUCUCAUCCGGUUGUCCAUUUCCCACCCCACACAUUCACGACUUCUCCUGGACCACGCCGCCAAGUUCCUUCGCGAGGAAGGCGUUCGAAUCUUUACGCAUUGCGAGCGACACCUGUUAGAACUGUUAGGUUAUGCCGUCUGGCGGGAUCAGACUGCGACCGAAGCAACAGGAGCUAUAGAGUCCAGGUAA